AUGGCACCACAUGAAGGCCUUGUCCACCCAAAAGAGUAUGACAUUAAAGACAGCAACGUGGAGCUGAUCGGCACAGACCUCGACCACCGCGUGAAGUACAAUUCUGCAGCCACCGAACCAGCCUGGAACAAUGGUCAAAUCGGUCAAGAGCCAGGUUUCUUCAUCUGGCGCAUCGAAAACUUCCAAGUCAUCCCCUGGCCGAAAGAGAAAUACGGCCAGUUCUACGACGGCGACAGCUUCAUCGUCCUCCACUCCUACAAGCUUGGCGACAAGCUCGGCCACGAUAUCUUCUUUUGGCUCGGCAGCAAAACCACACAAGACGAGGCUGGCACAGCGGCUUAUAAAACCGUCGAGCUGGAUGAGUUCCUGCACGGCACGGCGACACAACAUCGCGAGGUGCAGGCGCAGCCGUCAGAUGAGUUCCUCGCUCUAUUCCGCCAUUAUGCAAUUCGCUCGGGUGGCGUGAGGUCCGGGUUUACUCAUGUUCAACCUGAAGCCCGGGAGGAGAUCUGUACUCUGUUGCGGAUUUUCAAGCAUCCUGGUAUUACGCGCAUCGAUUCGCUGAUUGUGCAUGAGGUUGAGGCUACUUGGAAGAGUCUAGAUGAGAAUGAUGUCUUUGUUCUGGAUAAGGGGGAUAAAAUUUGGGUUUGGCAGGGAAAGAAGUGCAGUCCCAUGGAGAAGGCAAAGGCGGCACAGGUGGUCAAUGACAUGACUCAAGCGAAACAUGUUGAUGUCGAGGUGUUGUCGCAGCUUGAGUCGAGAUCGAGGCUUAUUGUUGAUUUGUUGGGUGGGAAAGAGGAGGCUGGGCCGACUUUGGAGGCGCCUAGACCUGGUCGAUUUGCGAAGAGGGGUGCCGAGGAGAGCCCUCGCCCGCGCAAAUUGUUCAGACUUAGUGAUGCCUCUGGUGACCUGUCCUUCAAUCUCGUGAAGGAUGGAGAACGGGUUAGCCGUUCUGACUUCGACGGCAAGGACGUCUUCCUUUACGAUGUUGGCAAUAGACUCUGGGUUUGGCAGGGAUCUGAGGCUAGUGCGAGUGAGAAGGCUAUGUGGCUCAAGGUUGCACAGUUCUAUGUUCGCAAGAUCCAAGAGAGUCAGGAAUCCUCCAAGGCACACCUUAUCCCGAUCUCAAAGGUUUCGCAGGGCUAUGAGAGCCCCGCGUUCCUCAAGGCCAUCGAGGCCUAA